ACCACCAUUUUCUUUUUGGGCAAAUGCAAUGCUUUGUUUUUGAAGGUUUGGUGUAAUGUAUUUUCAUAUUGUGAGAAAUAAAAAAAUAAAUUAAAAUUGUGAAGUUGAAUGAAUCCAUGUCUUGAGCGAUGAAUUCAAUGAAAAGUCAGAUCGCCUUCUGACCAUCUCUCUCUCUCGCUCUCUCCCCCUCCUAUCAGAAACCCUAAACCCCUCAACACAAAUCCUCUCCAUUGCUCCUACCAUGAACUCCACACUAGCUUCUUCUUUCCUCCAUCUCAAAACAACUUCCAUGAACCCUUCUUCUCUUUCCCAUUUCAUCUCCCUCAAAUCUCGUAAACCUAAUACCAAUUUCUCAUCUAUCUCUUCCCUUAGAACAGUCAGGGCAUCAUCAGAUCAUACCCACAGACCCUCCGUUCUCAAAAGCCUCACCAAAGCUGCUAUUCUAAUUGGUUUCACCGUUUCAGUGGCCGCCAGAUUCUCAGUUUUGCCGGCGAGAGCUGAAACGUCACCAACUCUUACAGAAAAUAGGCCAACCCUUGAUGAAGAGGAAGAAGCAGAACGAGAAAAGGUAGAGAAACAGCAAAACCAGAACCAAACUGACCAAGUAACACCGUUAUCUCAAUUGCUUGAGUCUGGUGCUGAAGCAAUUGAAUCUCUCAAAUCUCUUUUACAGCAAAAGCUUGAAAAUGGGGAAGACGAGGAGGCUCUGAAGGUACUAGAGCGUCUAGUAGACGCACAACCAUCGGUGACAGAGUGGAAGUUCUUGAUCGCUAGGUUGUAUAAUGAAAUGGGUCGAACCCGGGAUGCGCGCAAGAUGUUCGAAGAAAUUCUCCAUGUGAAUCCAUUGUCUUUCGAGGCAUUAUUCGAGAACGCACUCCUAAUGGACCGUUGUGGAGAAGGAGAAGCGGUUAUUAGGAGGCUACAAGAGGCUCUAGACAUCGCCAAAGAGGAGAAUAAAGUAAAAGAAGCAAGAGAUGUGAGGUUCAUUAUGGCACAGAUACAAUUUUUGCAAAAGAAUGUAGAGGAGGCAUUGAAGAGUUAUCAAGAGUUGUCGAAAGAGGAUCCCAAUGAUUUCAGGCCAUAUUUUUGUCGAGGAAUGAUAUAUAGCUUGCUUGAUAAGAAUGAGGAGGCAAGAGAACAGUUUGCCAAGUAUAGGAAGCUUUCGCCGAAGAAGUUUGAGGUGGAGGGCUAUUUGAGGACCCCAUUGUCAAGGAUGAAGCUUUUUGGGUCAAAUGAGGAGAAAUGAGCUACUUAACCUAUGGGAGUUCUUGGUUAAUAAACUAAUAAUAAAUCAGGAUCUCCAGACAGACAAGGGGACACUGGAUUUUCAUGUAGCCCUCGGCUUCUUUUAGUAAGUUUAGUAAGCUACUGUUUUAUAGGAAUUGAUGUUGAAUUUUCAUCAAAAGGAAUAAAGGAAAUGCCAUAUCUUGUUGCUAUAGAGCAUGUUUUGAUUGUUCAUGCGGAAAACUGUCCAAUGUUAAUGUUGAAAAAUUAUCUGCUAUACAUGCAAUGUAAUUCUCUGCUUUGUUGUUGGUC